UUCAGCUUAAGACGGCUUCUUGGAAUGGGGGAGGGUUGUGGCUGAGGGGUAGAGUAUCUGCAUGGUACACAGAAGGUUCCAAGUUCGGUCCUCAGAGUCUCCAGUUAGAGGAAUCAGGCGAUGCAAAAAACCUCGGCCUGAGACCCUGGAGAGCGGUCUGCCAGUCUGAGCAGACAACGCUGACCUUUGACCUGACUGACGGUCUGAUCCAGCGUCACGGCUUGUGUCUCUCCUCUGGCCCCCCAGAUGUUGUCGCUGCCGUCCUCGCGCGUGGGCCUCUUGUCCCGGAGAGGGAUCCUGGCUGUUGCGGGCAUCCGAGCGGCCCACGGUCAUGGAGGAGACGUGAUAACGGCAGAGGAUGCCUCGGUGCCCAGGUAUUUCGACAACCGCGUCCACCCCUUUCCCGAUGUUCCCUAUCGCAAGGAGCUCGAUGCCUCCCAGAAGAGCCUGAAGGAGAAGGAGAAAGGAUCUUGGAAGCAGUUAAGCCAUGAGGAGAAGGUGGCCUUGUACCGGCUGAAGUUCCACCAGAAUUAUGCAGAGAUGAACAAGCCGAGCAACGAGUGGAAGACAGUGGUGGGAGGCGUCUUCAUCUUUUUCGGCAUCACUGGGAUCAUCGUCUGGGGGCAGCGGCACUUUGUGUUCCCGCCAAAGCCGCACACUUUGGACGAUGAGUGGAAGGCCAUGCAGGUCAAGAGGAUGCUGGAUAUGCGCGUCAGUCCGGUGCAGGGCUUUGCGGCCAAGUGGGAUUACGACAAGAACGAGUGGAAGAAGUGAGCGGCAGGCCCGUGCCGGCCGCGGGCCCCUCCCCGGCAUGGGGCUGCUAUCCCGGUGGCAGAAGCGGCCCCCUAGCAGGGCGGCCGGAAACACGCAGGAAAAGCGGGGUCCGGUUCCUCGGCCUUCUGAAUCAACCCAAAGUGCCUUUCCCCAAAUCCCUGUUUCCCUUGUCCUGUCUUGGGCUCAUUCCGCACAUGCAGAUUAAUGCACUUUCAAACCGCUUUCAGUGCUCUUUGAAGCUGUGCGGAAUGGCAAAGUCCACUUGGAAACCGUUGUGAAAGUGGUUUGAAAACGCAUUAUUUUGCCUGUGCGGAAGGGGCCUUGGAUUAUGUAGAGGGAGGGGGAUCAGCCAAUCAGCAGGUCCCUUCCAGAUUGGGGGGGGGGGUCCUCCCUUUCCAUACCACCUGCUCACCUAUUUACACAAGAGAAUAAACCACUACAUUGAA